UCUAGUGCCCUCCAGCCUCCAUCAGAGACCGAACCCACCCAACUCCGCAAACUGCCCAGGCCCCAACUUCACAUUUCCACACCAUACAAUUACACAUUACAUCACCAUCCCUGAUUCACAGACACACUCUCUCUCUCUUCAAGAAAACCCAGACCUCUCCCUCCAAAUUGAAAAUGCCAAACCGAACCAUCCUCGACAGCCGCCUCCUCCUCCUCCUCAUCCUUCUCCGCUUCUUUUUCUUCUAUUCCAGCAGUGUACCAGUCCAAGCCCUCACGUCACCUACUGACAUCUCCGCCCUCAAGGCCUUCAAAGCCUCGAUCAAACCUUCCUCUAUCCCACCCUGGUCCUGCUUAGCCUCCUGGAACUUCGCCACCGAUCCAUGUGCCGUCCCUCGCCGUACCCAAUUCAUCUGCGGCCUCACCUGCAACUACAACUCUACACGAGUCACACAGCUCGUUCUCGACCCGGCUGGCUACUCCGGCACGCUCAACCCCCUCAUCUCCCAUCUCUCCCAGCUCACUACCCUCGACCUCUCCGACAACUCCUUCUUUGGUCCUAUUCCUUCCUCCAUUUCUUCCCUCUCCAACCUCCAGACCCUGACCCUCCGAUCAAACUCGUUCUCUGGCUCCCUCCCCGCCUCCAUUACCUCCCUCAAGUCCCUCGAAUCCUUGGACCUUUCUCACAAUUCUCUAAAUGGGUUCAUUCCAAACCCGAUGAACUCGCUAUCCAAUUUGAGACGAUUCGAUCUGAGUUACAACAAACUCUCCGGAUCACUCCCUAAACUCCCCCCACACUUGCUAGAACUCGCGCUAAAGCAUAAUUCUUUAUCUGGGUCUCUGUCCAAAUCCUCAUUUGACAGGCUGACCCAGUUGGAAGUCAUUGAACUCAGUGAAAAUGCCUUCACGGGGACACUGCAGGCUUGGUUCUUUCUCAUGCCGUCACUUCAGCAGGUUGACUUGGCCAAUAACAACCUGACACGUAUCGAGGUGUUGAAACCUGCCGGUGGUAAAAGCGAGCUGGUGGCCGUUGAUCUGGGAUUCAACAAAAUCGAAGGGCACUUGCCCAUGAAUUUUACCGGUCAUCCUCUGUUAUCGUCUUUAUCAAUUCGUGACAACCGUCUACGUGGCACGAUCCCACUGGAGUACAGCAAGACUAAGUUUUUAAGGAGAUUAUUUUUGGACGGUAAUUUCUUGAUCGGGAAGCCACCAGCUGGAUUUUUUGAAAGGGACAACCCAGUUUCCGGCAGCUUGGGGGACAAUUGUCUGCAGGGAUGUCCAACAUCUUCACAGCUGUGCGCGCCUCAUCAGAAACCCUACGCAGUUUGCAAGCAAGUAUACGGUGGAAAACCGAGGUCCUAAAGUGACAGAUGUUAGUCAAAGAUUUCUAUUUUUUUUCUUAUUGAAGCGAAUAAGAAAAUUUAUAAUGCGUUACAUCUAAGCAAUUUGAAAAGCUUAACAUAGAAGCAAGUUGUAGUACAAGUCUGUAUAAACUUGAACAAUAUCAGAUGUAGGCACAGAUAUCGCAAAUGUCAUCUUGGUGUCUGUGUAUAGUUUUUUUUAUCCUUUAAUUUUUGGAUCAUGUACCUAAUUGGUUAGCUCUAAUUUACUGCUUUCGUGUUUUUUU